CUGGUUUAUUCUGUGGUGUAGUCUGUGAUUAUUUUCUAAAAUAAUUUAUAUAAAUUUUAGAUGUUAUCAUUGCGUUUUACGAAUUUAUUUAUCAUAUUGAAUACAGAUCAAUCAACGGUGUAAAAAAUGAUAUAAUGGCCACUUUGGAAAAUAGGUUGACUCGUAGAAAAGGUAAACAUGACGGCGAUACUUAUAGGUUAGACACUAAGAAAUCGCCAGAAGAGAAUAUAAUUGAAAUUAUAAAAGGUCUGUAUUCAAAAAAGCCCUUCUUCAGUGAUAAUUCCACUUCACCUACAAACAGAAAUGCGCCUAAUGAGAGAUUAGGGUUAAGACCUCAAAAGAGUAGCUCUGACAGUUACAGAUGGUCCUAUUUAGAGGCAUUAGUCACUUUACUGCAUAAAGAAGACAGGAGUAAUUUAGGAUUCUCUCCUGAUGAGUUGAUGACAUGUAUCCGCAUAAGUCUAAUUGAUGAGUCAAUGGUCAUCAGAGCAGCAGCAUUAAGAGUCUUGAGAUAUUUGAUAAAAACAGAAAGUGAUGUUGCAACUUUCAAUAAUUUAAAGUUGCCCUAUCUUGUAAUAAGGUCGAUGGACUUAAUGGUCCGCAAUGAAGAGGAGCGUGCGCAAGCAUUGAAAGUUGUACGUCGAGUGAUUGCGGUGGUUGGUGCUGUUGAACAAGGCCACAGGCGGUUCCGCGCCUCUUACGUCGAUCAAGGUCUCCUACGAUGUCUCGCGGCGGUCGCUCGGGCCGGAAGUGCUGGGGACGGUAGCGGCGAUAGAUUAUCUAGACCUGCCAUUGCAACUCUAGCAGAGAUUUGCGUCCUAAAUCCGGAUCUCUUCAUAUCGUGCGGAGGUGUGACGGCGGUGACGCGGCAGCUGGCGGAGUGUGCGACACCGCGCAUGGCGGAGGCGCUGUGCGGCGUGCUGUUGCACACGCUCAACGACCCUAAGUCGCGCAGCGCGGCACGCAUAGACCUCACGUGCCUCAACUCACCCUACUGCGACUUCCACUUCAGACCCGCGGGAACCGACACCAGCCGUGACGAGCGUGAGAUGCGCUUCACGUGCAGCCGGCUGGCGCUGCUGUGCGUGCUGCGCAGUUGGCCCGGCCUGCUGCACUUCUGCCACCCGUGCAGCACGGGCGGCCUGCAGGCGCUCGUCGCGGCGCUCUACCUGCCGCGGCUAGAGGUCCGAAAAGCAAUUUUGGAUUUGCUGUACGAGUUGGUUGGAUUACCCCAACCAGACUGGACGGAUGAAAUUUCUGUUGCAAUAGACGCUGUUGAUCCCUCCGAUUUUCAAGAUUCUUGGCGACUGAACGAUGGUUUCGUGGCGGCAGAAGGUGUUGCCAUCCUACCCCACCUGAGUGCUACUGGCCCUGAUAUAAUUGAAAUUCAUCUUGCACUUCUACUUCAGUGUUUCCUAGAGGCAGGACUUCUCGACGGAUUAGCCGAAGUGAUAGUGACAAGUGAUACAUUUAUAUCAGUCAGAGCAACUGUGCUGUUGGGUCAGCUGUUGCAUUUGAUACACCUGUUCCUACCUCCGCAAAUCUGUAACCUAUCUCCAGCACUGCCGUCCCUCAUAUCACAAGCAUCAGCAGGAAAGCCCCAAGCGUUGGCAGCCGUUGCUGCAUUGAGACGAUUGCACUCAAUGUUCGAGUCCAGGCCAGCUAGCAACAGCCUGUUCUUGGACCAUAUACUUCAGUAUUGCAGCGGAGCUUUCAAAGCCAAGAUAGAAGAUACAUCAAAGAGCAGAAAGGAGAAAGACAACAGAGCUAACAAAGCCAAACCGAUGUGUUCACUCGACUUAUACAAAGACAACAGUAUCGAGUUUCUGAAUGACUCUGACACGGAGUACGAGCCAAAAAGACAUAGCAUCGGUUCCAGAGCCGAUGUACCAAAACGGAGGAACGUUAGUGCACUAGUUAAGAGUACAAGUGUUGGUUCUCGGACUAGUACAGUGAGUAAAGUGACCAAAACUGCGAAACUACUCAGUUUUUUCGAUCGAGGUGACAGUGACAGUUUAAUUAAAUCAUCCCUCGUCAUGCAAAAUAAGGAUGGCAACACGUGGAAUUGGGAGAUCAUUCGUACCAUUUUAAAGGAAACAGACAACUCGACUCUAUUGAAUUUAAACGAUAGCGGCCACAGAGACUGGGCCGGUAGGAUAAUUAGUUACUUGAAGCCCUCUUCGAACAAGUACUCGCACACGGACCUGUCGACCACGUGCAAUGGACACUCGCCUACCCGCGCCGGCUGCCAGCUAAUACGACAUUUAUUACGACACAAUGAUGUCGACUCACAAAGGAUGCUGAAGGAGCUAUUCACGGACGUGAGUCGUCAGAUAGAGGCGAUAGAGACGGGCCGCAAGGCGCACGAGUGCCUGUUCAGCCCGCAGCACAUGUGCAACACCAUGUGCCAGAUGUACUUCCUGUUCAUCGGCCAGCUGUGCCAUUCGCACAGCGGCCUGCGACUGUUCAAACAGUGUAACCUCAAUGAAAACCUCCUAGAACUGUCCACUAAAACUCAUCAUAGUUGUUACGUUAAAUUAGUUAUAUCGAGCUUAGAUUACUCCAUGGAUUCGAGUCCACGGGACAUACUUGCCAAAACGUUGACCUGCAAUAUCCUCGCCUCAAGACUAUAUGCAACUCAGUUCCUAAACGUACUGUUACGUGCCUCGCGAAAGUCCAAAGACUUGGUAAGAAAAAAGUCCAAACUCAAAAAGAAUGUCGUACAAGAGAAUACGAAGAUACAAAGAGAUGAAAUGGAAGUGACGGGCGGCGUGGAUAUGGACACUUGGAUUCUACAAAUGUUGGUCGGACAAGUCAAGGACGAAUCAAAGGCGGUUGUCAAAUGCGCUCUGAACAUUCUAGAAGAAGCCUACAGUGUUCCGGCAUACUUCGACAAGUUGAUGUCAAUGCGGGACGCGCUCUGCCAGAACUGCAGGCUAGACAAAGCUGCCGAGCCGUCGUCUCUUGAGCUAUCGGCUGUGGGAGACCGCGGGUACCUGCUGUGGCUGGGCCUGGAGGUGGCGGCAGCGGCGCAGAACGUUGACUCCAACGCCAUCACCUUUGUGAAGAAACAUCUCGACUUUUGGAACAAGUCUUACAACUAUAGAUACGUGCGGCUGGUGGAGGCGGUGGUGCACGAGGCGCUGACGCUGUCGGAAGAGUCCCGGCGACCGCGCAACGCCCGUCGCCUGGCGCGCCCGCCGCCGCACCUGUUCGCCGCGCUCGCAGCCCGACGUGCAUCGCCGACGGCCGCGCCGCCGCCCUUCACCAAGGGCUUGCUCGCUGCGGCACUGCCGGCGCACUACAAGAUUCUACAGAAAAAGAAAUGUAUCACGGAGCAAGAGAUAGCAGACCUGAAGGCAUCAUUGUGGGCGAUGGGCAACACGGGAGUCACUCCGCAAGGAUUGCAGCAAUUGAUCAAUCUGAGCAAUGGUUUUCUGGAAGACUCGGUGCCCGUCCACAUAGUGCGGUUGGCGAGAUACAGCCCAGUGUACUCUGUACGAGCAACCGCUUUCUACGUUCUGGGUCUGAUUGGAAGUACUUAUGACGGUGCUAAUUUACUUGCUGAUUUAGGUUGGUUAUGCGUGCGCCACACUAGACACGACCAGUUCCCAGUGAUACCCGACGACACACUACCCCACAUACUGGACCCCGACACAUCACACAGUUGCAUCACAUCCCCCGACAAACGAUACGCACUCGACAUCGACCUGAGCGAGCAAUCCGACCACACAGACCAGAGUACAGCAGAGAGCUUGCACUCAGAGAACGUGAGACUCAACAGAACGAUCGGCUCAAUAUCGGUCGACAACUCAGAAAGAGACGUGGUCGAUCACAAAAUCGGUUUCGUCGAUAGGCGGGAUGAUAAGAGGAAAUCCCACACGCUGCCUACACAAGGAUCGAGUUCCCACGAACGUUCGUUGACGGAAUCAAGAACUGUCGAUAUAUUGAGUUACGAGCGCGCGCCUCAUCGAGUGCACAUCGAGAAUCGUUUGGGGAGGAUGAACUCGUUGGAUCACGCUCGCGAGGCGCGCGUGAGGAACACCAGCGAGUCCAGCACUAGUGGUGUGAGCAGUUGCGAUUCUUUCCUUGGGAAAUAUGCUAUACCCGAUAGAGUGCUAAAAUUGAGUCCGAUACCGAGUUCGUCGAGUCUCUACGGCAUGAAGAGCAACAGCAGUUCCCAUCGGCCGCGAAUACCGGAACCGCAGCGACGCACGUCUACCUCUAGUUAUACAAAUACAACACCAGAUAUAGGCAGUUCGCCUCCAACACAGAAGGAUAUGAGUGGAUAUGCCACGAUACAGUCUCUAAACAAACACAGAAGGCCUCACUAUGUAUCGGAGAGUGGGGCAAGUGACAUCGACGUCCUAACAUGGUUGCCCUACGACUCCAACCAAAGACCGAAACCUUUCUCCUCUCUACGAGACCGAGCGAAAUCAACACGAGAACGAAUGGCUAAACUUAGCCUUUUAGAAUACGACUGGAAACCUCUGACGCAAGGCGAAAGUUCCCAAAGAGUGUUUGCGCCGAGCAGUGCGCCGACGCAGGUCGCCCCGUCCGGACCGCGCUCGCCUUACUACAUAGGGAUAUGCUUGCCUCGUAAUCUUAUGGAACUGUUUCCUACGGAGGACGAACCCAAAGAAAGUGUUGUGGAGGGUGACAAGGGGAUCGCCAGAGUGACGUCUCUCUUGGCCGAAUCCACUACGCCAGAUCACAUAGCAUUUACUAAAAACACUGAUGUGCCUGCAUCUACAAUAGGUAGCAUACGUACCGCGACACCGGGCGCGUCAGGGGUCGCAAACGUUUCCGAAUCAUCUCGAAUAGAGGCCUUAACGAGCAAAUUAAGCGCAAACGCGCAGAGCAAAAGUGACAGCGAACCCAAAACGGACCGGAGUGAAGUGGACAAUAUCAAAGUCGAAAGUGACAUAGACAAGGCAGCUUUAACGGAGUCUGUGGUGAAGGUCGAUGUGACCAGAGAUGAUAGCUCUAUGGUCAGCAAUGUGUUGAGCUCGCGUAUGUCGGGAGGCAAGGCGGUGUGGAGACAUGCUGCGGCGGAUUGUUUGGCGUGCGUGCGGACUAGGCCGCCGUCCUCGCACGAGUUACGUGAAGCUUUCUUUGCUGAGUUGGAGAGUCCGAGCAGUAGUAGAGCCGAGGGUCGCACGAGUCCCGCCGCCGCCCCGCAGGCGCAGUUACUGCACCACGUGCUCUUUAUGUCCAACCCCAUACACUUGCGACAGGCGCGAUCCGCUCUCCUGACACUGAAACAGCGUCACCCGGACGUGUUCCGCAGCCCGUGCGUGUAUUCCGACGUGUGCGCGCUCAUAGCUCGGGACACGUACAUGCUGUGCGCGCGGCGUUUCCUGCAAGAACUCUUCAUAGACACCAACUUCGAGUGUUUCCUCAACGAGCCGGCGGCCAUCUUGGCGCGACACGCGCCCGUCACGACAUUGUCGCCGACGUACGAGACGCAAUAGUAUAUGUGUAUUUAUUUCGCUUGUUAUUAUUUCGGAUAUCGUCAGCAACUAAAUGCAAUUUAUAACCCGACUGGUAUAUUAAAAAAACUUGACCCGCAAACAUUUUUGUAGAAGUUUGUUCCUUCGAUUCUGCAACUUGGCGAUGUUUUUUUGUUUUACUGUUCAGAUUAUAACUUGGUAUUUUCAAUGAGUCUGUCCCCAUUUUGACACGACACGUGUCUGUUACGACACUGUCGUCAUACGAGACGCAAUACUGUUUUUAUUUUGUUUGUUAUUAUGUCGAAUAUCAUUAGCAACUAAAUGCAAUUUAUAGCCAGACUGGAAUAUUAAAAAAAUUUAAUUCCAGCAAUCACUUAUUGCUGGAAUUACAGCGGCGAUAAUAACUUAUUUUUUUACAUUGAGCCGGUGGCCGUUUUGACGCGACAUGUGUUCGUUACGAAACAUUCGACAUACGAGACUCAAUACUGUUUUUAUUUCGUUUGUUAUUAUGUCGGAUAUUCUUAACAGCAAAAUACAGUUUAAAUAUUGUGACUGGAAUAAUAAAAAACCUAGAUCUUAAAAUCACUUUUGUCAUGGCAACCUUUGCAGGGGAAAUUAGUUCUUUCGUUCUUUUUUACAUUUUAUAGGCGAGCUCUAGGCUAUUUUAUAGUAAGCGAUUAUGCAGCUUAUGGUGGAAACGCACUUGCCCUGAAGAUAACUAUUCCUGUUUUCCACAAUAUAGCGAAUUUUUUUUACAAAGAUUUUUAUAUUAUUAGAUAUGUUACGUGUCUAUAAAAUCACCACAAAAAGUGAUUCGAAUUUAGCUACUCCACUGACACCACCACAAUUUUGUGUUUUCUUAUAUUAUAUAUUUGUGUAUAUAUAGUUUUUACUCUGCCUGAACACAUAACUCGACAUAGCAGACAAUAUUUAGGUAUUAUUUGUUUAAAACCUCUCGUUGUUUAUAACGCGACUAAAUUAAAUUGCGACAAUUAGCCACUUUUGUGCGCCUCAGUUUCGUCGCGCUAGUAACAUAUCUAAUAGUAUUUUAAAUCUUUGGUUUUUUACCCGUCAGAAGCUAAUGUUUUUAAUUUAUUUUAUUUUCAAAAAAAUUCAAUUGUAUUUGUUACUUGUUAUUAUAAUAAACUAAAAAAUCUAUGAUGAUGCCGAAUUAUAUUAUUCUCCUAAGUAAAAAUGUUAAAUCUAAAAAAAAGAGAUCGUACUAAUUUUCUCUUUUUAUGUUAUUUGUAAAAAUAACCUUUUCUUUUUUUACAAUGAAUUUAUUGAUUUUGAAAAUAUAUACACGUUUGCCUUUUAGUUGCUGACUGAAUAUCAAUAUUAUGUCAAUAAGAUUUGUCCUUUGAAUAUGGUUUGUCCUUAAGUUUUUUUGUUAUUAACUUGGUUCGGAUUUACGUGUGGUAGCAUAUUUUAUUAGAUCACGUUUAAAAGGGCAUAAAAUAUAUUAUAAUUCACUAUUUUUGCUGUUUUACACCCCCCUCCCCCCUAAAUCGGGGAAUAUUGAGAUAUAGUAGCGUAUGAUUAGAUCUAUCUCUCUGUUAAGUUUCAUUCAUAUCUGUUCAACUGUUCUGAAGUUAUAAAUGGUAUACACCGUGCUAGUUUCACCGCCUGUACGCCACCCCGACGUUAAUUAGCCCAAUACAAGAAACCCCUUAACAACAUUAAAAAUGACCUCAAGCUAAUUCACACGCUAACGAAUAUUUUUUUUUAGAAAAGUUUGAACAUCUUGUUUAAUUCUGUAUGUAAGUAAGUAUGAAGUCAUUGAACUCUGACCUAGUUUAGGCUAAAGUUAAUGACCUCGGUUACGUUUUAAAAUAAUUAAUUUUUGAAAGUUUGUUACAAAUCGUAGCUCCUUGAAUUGUACUUUUUUUGUAAUAACACUAAUAAGUGGGAUUUCGUUUUUAAGACGAAGGCCUAGGCCCGCAAUUUUAUUGCUGCGUAGAAUAUAGGGAUAAAAGUAUCCCAUCUGGAUGAAAAAUAAAUGAUAAUUGGUGUUUUUAGACCAACAUCGUUUUAUAUGCAUUAUAGAUAUAAAAAUGUCUUUAUAUGUGUCCUAGUAAUAAAAUAUGCUUUCACAUGUCAAAGGUAUAUAGUUAUUUUAUGUAUAUUAUAACUUCGUUUUAUUAUUUUUAAUAUUUUGAACUGUGUUAGCCAAUGUAACAUUAUUCUUAAUUUAUUACUUACAUUCCCAUAAGCAAACCACAUUUCCCGGACGAAUAUAGACAGAUAAUCAAAAAUCACAAUAGAUUUAGAUUAUGCAAUAUAUUUAUCAUAAAUUGGCAAUAUGUAGUCACAUAAUAAAUACAUACACACAUACUAAUAUACCCUAUAAAUCAACUGUUUAUUACACAUUCAUAAUGCUAUAAUAAUAUAUGAUAAAUAACCAAUUAAACUAUUAGCAGUUUCUGUACAUUGUUAUAAUAAAGUUGAUACCAUUCAUGUUACUAGAAAAGAAGUAUUCUAUUCGAUUAUUAAACUUGGCUUUAUUUCUAUUAAUUCAACAACUAAGUGUAAAGCUAAAGUAAUAGUAUAUUCAGGGAUAUACCCAUAUUAUAUAGACUUGGCGUCAAAAAAAUUAAACUCAGUAAAUUACUAUUUAAAGUAAUUUUCAUAAAUCUUACGUAAAUGUCAACAUUUACGUACAUCUUGGUUUAUCACUAUAAACCAAGAUGUUUCAUUGUUUAUCAUAAAAAUGGUAUGUUUCUUAAAAAAAUUUGAAAAAUUCAACAAAUACUUCAUCCAAAUUCUUAGCUUAGGGGAUAAUUGGUAUAUUUUGCUAUUGAUGAUUUAAACGUGUAUUGUGAUGUGCAUUAUAUUUAUAAUAGUCUGGGAUCAGAACUAAUGCAACUAAACGAACUAAACGAAAUAAUCUUAAAAUUGCGUUGUACACUAUCUCGUUUCGAAGCUCAGAAUUUUUUAUUUCCUGGUAACUCAGCUACCAGAAUCAUGAAUUUUCGUAAAUUAAAAAGUUGAUCGUCUCAUCGAGAUGAGGAUACUCGUGAAAAAUUAACUUGAUAAUAAUCAGUUAUACAAAAUGUUCUAUGAAUCCCUGACUAAUAUUUUCAAUAUUUUUCAAACACUUUUUUCUAAUUAAAUAUAUAAAAACCAACAUUAAAAACUAGAUGAAGUAAUUACUUUUGUUUUGACUUUUGAGUCAUUUGGUAUGUCACGGUCGUCUAACACAUAUCUAUAAAGAAUGUUCCAUAUAACAGUUUACAAUAACGUGUUUUAUUCUAAAACAUUGAACCUAUUUAAGCUUUGUGUUAAACAAUAAUUAGAUUCUGUGAGUUAAUCACUCAUAAUAAAUCAUGUAAACUUAUAGCUAGAUAUUUUAUAAAUUAUUUUAUUGGCACCUUAAUACAUUCCAUGAAGCCAAACGCGUGACCUGGCACUGAAAAUGUAUAAUCAGUCUUGUCAAAAAGCUGUCAAAGAUUUAUCCAAGCAUAAACAAUACUCGAGCACAAUGUGCAAAUCAUAAAUGGAGAAGAUAAUAGACGACUGCUACUAUUUAUACUUGGCGUCGCCAUUACUUGACGAAACACUACAUUCAACUAUGUUCACCAAUAUAUUUUAACUAUACAGAUUUGUAACAAAUUACGGCUGUAAUUUAAAAAAAAAAACCAUGAAAAUCGUUUACUAAUUGAAGAUUGUUAAAUUUUAGGUGCGUCUGAAAAACGGACAUGUGUCAUGACAUCCUAUCUCAAAUAUUCUUUUGUCAUUUCUUUACAGAGUCCAAACGUAAGUUGUUUAUUUUUUAAGAAAAUGCGUCUAUUUACUUCUCUGUCUACGGAUUGAAUGGUUUGAGAUGCCAGGUAAAAAUAAUUUUGAUUUCCUUUUGAAUUGCCCAGUUCAUUUCGGAAUGCUUUAGAAUAAAAUUUUAGUUUUCAAAUUAUAAAAAUAUCUCAACAAUUAUAGUUUUCUCAAAAUUCUCAAUAAUAAUAAUCUAUAUUAUAUAAAUAUUGUAACGUAUAUUGAUAACAAAGAUGUCUGGUUUGAAUGUGAAUUUGUUUUUUAAUACAUCAGAAAUAUAUACAUAUAUAUAGACGGAACUCGAAGUAUCGUAGAUUCGCUCAGAUUUCCAAAUAUGUUUAAAUCUUAUGUAAGGCUUUGUAUGCCACGAAAUGCCCUGUACAUAUUAUAUCUUGUUAUUUUUUUUGUGUGUGUUUGCAUUUUGCAAUGCUGCUCUGCCUAUGGGUAUUGUCGGCAUCGGCAUUGCGAAUAGCCCCUAGGCGUUGGAUCUACUUAAGAGUAAUAUUUCUUUAUUUUAAAACAAAAUAAUUUAUUAAUUAAAAUAAAUAUUGAGCCAGGCUGGCACUUGUAAGGAUUCAUAAGUUAAUCUAUUUUUAUGUUUAGCUAUAAAAUUCAAGGGGGCGUUCACACAUGACGUAGUGAUCCAGCCUUAAGGUUACCUCAUUACAGCAACCCACUGGCGCCGGUCCAAGUCGCUUUACCGACUUGCGAAAAAAUCAAUUAUGGAGUUGAUCUACCUAAUGAGCGUAUUUCCUUAAUAAGUCCGAAUAAAUAAUACUUUUCGCACAUAACAGAGUUGAGACGGUAAUGUACGCCUAACAUGCGCACGACGACAUUCUUGGGUAGACAAUCUUAACUAUUUGUUUAGAUCUAUUUCGAAUCUAUUAAUUUGAAACGUCUCCAUUACCUGCAGGCGGAAUUCAACCUUAAUGAGUUGGUUAAAACAAACCCACACUAUUUUUUACUUUUUAAAAAAUUUCAUUGCCUCGAGGAUAUUUCUUGCGGCAAAUGUUAGGGUUAGGGUACCAUGGGAGAGAUAACCUACCUACUAAAAAUAUCCACCAGCUCUUGAAACAUUCGAAAUGACGUAAAGCAGCGGUCGGACAGCCGUAAGCGCGGUGUCGCCAGGUGGACGGCAGGGUGAUACCUAGCCGGUACGUGACCGAGGCGUAAUAAUGCGUUUUGACCUUUAUUCAACUUCAGAAAGUCGUUAAUACGAAACACAUAUAUAUUCCCUGUUACAACUAAAGUUGAACCGGCAAAAACCAAAGUGGACUGUAUAGCAACGCAUCAUUUGAUUUUCUGUUUGUUUGAUAAGAAUGAAUCAAUAUGUACCAUAGAUGUUUACAUAAAUAUGUACCUAUUGAACAUUUAGUCAAUUGAUUUUAUGUCAUAUGUGAACGUUCCCUAAAACAGUUUGAAACUCUCGUCUUAUUUGAUUUCGUGUCUUAUUGUAAUGAACCACUGCCUGUAAAACUGAAUAAGUCUAUGAAUAAUUUUGUACUCACUGCCCGUGUAACAAUAAGUUUUAUCAAUGUAGCAGCUUUUCCAUAUGAAUGAACAUAAUCGAUAUUAUACUUACAAUUUAAGUUACUUAGCGGAAUAGGUAAAUAUUUAAGAAUUGCGUUGAAAUAAAAUAUACACUAGGUAUGCAUAUAGAAAUGAAGGCCGAGUGGUGCAUUGGUUACCCUGCCUUCUGCAUCCAUGGCCGUGGGUUCUAUUCUCACAAAGGAAGGAAAGAAGCACGAAAUUGGGCCCACUUUUCAGAACGAUACAGAACUGAAAUAUAUACUGAAAAUCUUGUAUGUUUUACUAGAUUACUCCGAUCUUAGACGAAAUAAUAUUGGCCAACAAAGAAAAUAAGCUGAUCUCAUUAUUUUUAUACUGAUGCAGCUUUGCAAAUGCGUAUUUCACUGACUGACAUUGGUUGUUAGCUGUCUUUGUAUGUAAACGUCAAUUUCAUCGGUUAUGUUUGACAGUAACUUCAUUCUUUGUCAAACUGACAGUUUUCCUAGAGAUUUUGUCAAAUUAAUGUCAGAUCCCAAGGAAACUGACAGGUUGGCAAAGAUAAUGUCAUGUGAAACGCAGCCGAUCAAGUUGCAUAAAUGCACCUUUAACAAGUAAUUUACCUGAUUUAGCCAAUGUAGACUUUCUGAAAAUUGGCCUAAUGAGAUCUCCUUAUAUGUUCUAAUUUAUAGCCAAUUUUCAGUUUUGUAUCGUUUGGAUUUUUUGGCCCCGAGUUUGUAUGGAUUAUUUUGUUCUACACAAAAUCCAUGAGAUAUUUGAAACUUGUAUCCUUUUGAUGUAGUGAAUGAAUGAUUUUGGUAUAAGUAUAUUUUAUUUUAUAUCAACAAAGUGGUGUAUUGUUAAUCAUAUAUUGAGUUCGUUUUAAUUUUGUCAUAGGUACCUACUAUGCUUGUAAACGAGUAAUUUUAUUUUGUAUUAGAACUUUGUAACCAAAAUUAACACGUAUCUUCGACAUGUUAAGUUGUUUUCGACUGUUAUAAAAUAUGUAAAUGAGCUUUUGUUAAAAACAUAACUAUGUAAGACUUACGUACUCGGUGUUAUUAUUUACUAUCGUUAGAAGCUGCAUGAUUCGUCUAUUCAAAGAAUUAAUGGUAAAUAAUUAUUCAAUUAAUAUAAUUUAUUGAUUUAAGUAAGUCUUACUAAGUAUCUUAAGAAACCUAUCUACUGCUAUCCAAUAUUGUACAUUUGUUAUUUCACUGUAUUUGUAUUAUAUAGAAAUAAUGAUACUAAUUCUUUUGCACACAUAACUAAAAACGAGUCAACAAACACACUAUAAGCCCGCCAUUAUGAUGAAACGGUACUACUUGUAUUUCUGUUGAAUACAAUAUACAUAACUAGCCGCUGCCCCUCUGUUUCACCCGCAUAGUUCCCUUUUUUGUAGAAAUAGGGGUAUAAAAUGUAGUCUAUGACACUCACAAAUAACUUUGCUUUCUUUUCAGUAGAUCCAGAGAUUGUCGCCUACAAUACCACAAAGGAUAUGGGUCAUUUCAGAUCCACUCUUGUACUCCGUAUCAUUAAAAUUUAUUAAAUACAAGAAUUUUAUUAAAAUCUAAAUAGGUGAAUAAAUCUAAGUAAAUAAAAAGAAAGAAAUAAAAUUAAAACCUAAGAUUUUGAGAUACAUCAAGAUGGCGCCCUUAAAGCAACUAUGACAUGACAAUUGACAGCAAACGUCAAACCGACUACUGCAUGGAACACGUCAUCAAUCCGCCAUUAUUUUAGUGUUGCAUUUCUUGGGAGAGAAUGAAUAUAAUUUCGAAAGAAUUAAGUAAAUUCGUAGAUUUGUAUAAUCAAAAAUAGUUAAAAAAAAAUAUUUUCUUUUAUUUCCGCCAGGGUACAAUGACUGAUCCUGAUCUUUUCAUAAUUUCAUUCACAUAACAUACGAGUAGUUCACACAUUCUUCCCUACUCCUUCGGGCGCAUCUUUCAAGACAUGUCUUGUGUACAAUAGAAUUGGUCUCAAUGCCUACUUGUAAUCUUGUUUCAAUAACCAAGGCCACAGUCAGAAUGUAGAGUUCAGAAGUGUGUGAAAUGCAUCAUUAUGCAGCUUUUGUAAAUUGCUUUUGUAUUACACUGAUUUGCUGUAAAAAUACGCUAAAUUAUUUAAAACGCUUAUAAAAAUAUGUUAUUUGUCAGUAAAAUUGUUCAUCAGAAAUAUUAAUAAUAUGGCUUAAAAUAUCGAUGCAUAUUAAUUUCUGCCGACGUACAUUUAACUGUUUGAUUAUUUUUUUAAAUACACCGUAUGAUUGCGCGAUACGAAGCGUUCAUUGUUUGAUGCGUGCUGCCGCCCACUAAUCAUAUGCCUCUGACGUCAUACCAAGCACCAGUAUUCCGCUCGGGCGAGGACUCUUUUUUUUUUUGAGAUUUGGCUAAUAAAAAAUCUAUUUUUCUCCCAAGAUAUUUUCCCGAUCCAUCUGUACAUCAAAGAAAUUCUGACUGCAGCAUUGGUUGUCAAAAAUAAAUGACACCCUUCUUAGUCCAUUUCUGACCUCUUUCUUAGUCCGUUCUAGUGAUAUAUCCCACCUACUCUUAUAGCAAUGAUGUAGAUGUCUCCCUGUAUUAUGUACCUACCUACAAUUCAUAAGUAAGAGUUACACCAUUGUGUUCAAAAUACUUAACGAUUUGCUUGCAACGUGCAUUUAAACGAUUCAGUUCUCUUUCUAUUGUUGUUAAAUUAGGAUGGAGACAGUUUAUGUUGUUAUUUUUAUGAUAAUACAUAUGAAUAAGUGUUUUUAUGAACUUUUGGUGUCACUCGGUUACAAUACCUAUCUAUAUAUACCGUUGAGUAGCGCCUUAUUAAAGUCUCAAGAUAGAAAUAUUAGGUUAAGUUAACUUUUUUAAGUUGUAUUUGUUUAACUAAGGACUUAAAGGUUCUCAAAGAUAUAAUGCAGUAUUCCUAAAAAGCAUGUAGUCCCUAUUGCAGUUGUAGUUAGAUUUCUCGAAAUCUGCAUUUAUAUUUAAAAAUAUUUAGUGUUUAAGUUGUUUCUUUUAGUUCAAACGCAAAUUAACUAGAAUCGGAUCCAUUGCACGCUACCGGCAAUGACGUACCGCCAAGAGAUUCGGCGUACCGGUAUGGUGCCGCGCAGAAACCGCCUAGAGGCAUGGGUAGAGACCAGCAUAUGAGAUGUCGGUCAAUGGGGUUUCAUACAAAAUUUCAAUAUAUUCAAAGAUUUAACGAAUUUGUUUCUUCGACACGAAAAAGUGACCUUAUGUGGAUGUUUCGAUUUCGGACGAAACUGAGGCUGAAACGAAAUUCGGAUUCGGUUUCAGGUUUGUAAUGUGAAAUACUCAAUUUAAGUAUAGUUGCCCCCCUCCCCUAGGUAGAAUCCUGGCUACGCCCAUGAAUAGCAUUCAGACUAACUUAUCAUUAAAAAAAAAAAUUGUAAUUUCACGGAAAAUUAAAAAUGACUAAAACCUAUUUCGACGCUACAUCACAUGGUCGAUAGGCUCGGAAAUAUAAUCUGUGAUAUAAUCCAAGUGUCCGAUAUUAGUGAAUUUGCGGCUGAACUUAUAUAGCGUAGAUAUUGUUUCAACUAUACUUUUGAACCAGUUGUUCCGUCGUUAAGACUAGUCUAUAAGGUAUACGAUGCCGCGAAUAAUUUAAAGACAUUAAUAAACAAUGUAAAUAAGUAAAUAGUACGCAGAUCUUCUUAAAGUUGCAAUAUAGUGUAUAACGAAACCUUUCUCAUUUUUAUGUACUGUAACUAUAUUGUUUUUUUUUAAAAUAAUAUGUAUCGAAAGGUACAACCAAAUAAACAAAAUGAAGUGCCAUUUGCGCCGGUUCCUUAAAAGAAUUACACUUAUUAAAUUUUCAUUAUUAACAUUAUUGUAGCAGAUAUUUCGCAUUCAUUAUACAGUAUAUCAUUAUAUAAUUUUAUACUA